AUGGCAAACAUGCUCAUAAUCACCAUCACCGGGGCUGACCAUCACCUCCAGACACCUAUGUAUUUCUUCCUCAGCAGUUUUUCCUUCUGUGAAUGCUGUUUUAUCACCACAGUUAUUCCUAAACUUCUGGUCAUCUUUCUUUCAGGCAGGCAAAUAAUCCCCUUUACUACUUGUCUCAUGCAGUCCUUUUCAUUUUUAUUUCUUGGUUCAACAAUUUUCUUCCUUAUGGCUGUGAUGUCCUUGGAUCGAUACCUGGCCAUUUGCAAGCCUCUGCAUUACCCCACCAUCAUGAGCCUGAGGACUUGCUUCCACCUGGUCACUGCCUGCUUUGUCAUGGGCUUCACUCUCAUCACUGGUCUCAUGGUGAAGGUUUCCCAGUUAGAUUUCUGCGGACCCCAUGUCAUCCCUCACUUCUUCUGUGACCUCGGCCCUCUGAUCCAACUCUCCUGUUCUGACGCCAGAUCUACUGAAAUGUUGGCCUUUGGCCUUGUUUCAUUCAUUCUUUUUACAUCCCUCAUUAUAACCAUCAUUGCAUACGGCAACAUAGUAGUCACAAUUCUACGACUUCCGUCAGCCAAGGAGCGGCAGAAAGCUUUCUCCACCUGCUCCUCUCACCUCAUUGUCCUCUCUCUGGUGUAUGGCAGCUGUCUCUUCAUAUAUGUGAAGCCGAAGCAAAUGGACAGGCUGGACUCCAACAGAGAGGCUGCUCUUGUGAACACAGUGGUGACCCCGCUGCUGAACCCGAUCAUUUACACUCUGCGGAACAAGCAGGUCCACCAGGCUCUGAGGGAUGCUCGGUCCAGAGUGAAAUUGUAA